AUGGAUUUGUAUCUGAUUGGAUAUAUGAUGUGCGUGUGGUUGUCCAGCUCGCGGGUGCUUGGAGGCUAUCCCAUCUGGUGGUCCCUGGCCCUGGGGCAACAGUACUCGUCUCUGGGCUCCCAACCCAUCCUCUGCGGCUCCAUCCCUGGCCUGGUGCCCAAGCAGCUGCGCUUCUGUCGCAACUACAUCGAGAUCAUGCCCAGCGUUGCCGAAGGUGUCAAGCUGGGCAUCCAGGAAUGCCAGCACCAGUUCAGGGGUCGCCGAUGGAACUGCACCACCAUCAAGGACAACCUCGCCAUCUUCGGCCCCGUGCUUGAUAAAGCCACCAGAGAGUCGGCGUUCGUCCACGCCAUUGCCUCGGCAGGGGUGGCGUUCGCGGUGACGCGCUCCUGUGCCGAGGGAACCUCCACCAUGUGCGGUUGUGACUCCCACCACAAGGGCCCCCCCGGGGAGGGCUGGAAGUGGGGUGGCUGCAGCGAGGAUGCUGAGUUUGGGGUGCUGGUGUCGAGGGAGUUCGCCGACGCCAGAGAAAACCGUCCGGACGCACGGUCGGCCAUGAACCGGCACAACAAUGAGGCGGGACGCACGACUAUCCUCGACCACAUGCACCUGCGUUGCAAGUGCCACGGCCUCUCGGGGAGCUGUGAGGUGAAAACGUGCUGGUGGGCGCAGCCUGACUUCCGCAUGCUGGGCGACUACCUGAAGGACAAGUACGACAGCGCUUCGGAGAUGGUGGUGGAGAAGCACCGGGAGUCGCGCGGCUGGGUGGAGACCCUGCGCGCCAAGUAUGCCUUCUUCAAGCACCCCACCGAGCGUGACCUGGUCUACUACGAGGGCUCGCCGAACUUCUGCGAGCCGAACCCGGAGACGGGCUCGUUCGGGACGCGGGACCGCGUCUGCAACGUGUCGUCGCACGGCAUCGAGGGCUGCGACCUGCUGUGCUGUGGGCGGGGCCACAACACCAGGACUGAGAAGCGCAAGGAGAAGUGCCACUGUAUCUUCCACUGGUGCUGCUACGUCAGCUGUCAGGAGUGUGUGCGCGUCUAUGACGUUCACACGUGCAAGUGA